AGUCUGAAUCAACCCGCGAACCUCCAACGCAGGCCAGGAACCAGUUCUUGUCACGAAGCAGCUCCGCGCGUCGGAAAAUCUGUAGUGAGACGCACCGAACAAUUUCCACGCGGCUUGUUUGGGAAACUCCGCUGAAGAUGUUCAUGCAUCGCGCCAACUGAAUUGCAGUGCUUUUUGACUUGCUGUAUGUGAUGUGCUUUACGAAGUUUUUCUGAAUAUUCGUUCUUUGAAGUUUUUCGCAACUUUGCAGUUUUCGUCAACUCAAGGAAUAUGCGUUGGAAGAUCCUGGUGGUGUGGUUAUUUGUCAACGGGAUUAACGAUCGUAGUGAGGGUGGCUCAGAGCAUAGCAACCCCUACUGGGAACAGGCUUUUUCGCAGCCAUAUUUCGACAACACAACCCGUAGGGAAGUGACAACUACGGUUGGUCAGACUGCCCAUCUUCAUUGCAGAGUUGGCCACCUUGGAGAUAGAGCCGUUUCAUGGAUACGAAAAAGGGACCUGCAUAUCUUAACUGUGGGAAUUCUGACCUACACGAACGAUCAAAGGUUCCAAUCGCUUCACACCGAUGGAUCGAAUGAAUGGACAUUGAAAGUAACUUCACCCCAGGUCAGAGACUCUGGCAUCUACGAAUGUCAAGUCAGCACUGAGCCGAAGAUAAGUCAAGCUUUCAAGCUCAACGUUGUCGUGUCCAAGGCGAAGAUAAUGGGAAAUCCAGAGCUAUACAUCAAAAGCGGUAGCGACAUAAACUUAACUUGCAUAGUUCUCCAGACUCCAGAUCCACCAAGUUUCAUUUACUGGUACAGAGGGGGGAAUGUAAUCAACUAUUCUCAAAGAGGCGGCAUUAACGUUGUCACAGAAAAACAGACCCGUACUAGCCGUUUGCUAAUCUCGAAGGCACUUCCCCAAGACAGUGGUAAUUACACAUGUUCACCUUCAAGCAGCGAUGCCGCUAGUGUUCUCGUUCAUGUUCUACAUGGCGAACAACCGGCAGCUAUGCAACACGGAAACAGCAGCAGCACUGCAACCUUCUGGACGUUCAACUUCAUGCUGUUUCUGCUGCUUCAAAUAACCAUCCUCGAGAGGUGAACGAACUUCGAAUAAGUCUGAUGUGAUCAAUCUUCUUCAAACGUUUUAUUUGUGUAAAAUCUACUAGGGACGUUUUUGUAUGUUGGCUAAGAUCCUAUACAAGGUGUUUCGAAGACCAUUAUCCUAUAUGCCUUUUUAGUCAAAAAAAAAAUUGAUAUCUGUGAUUGGUAACUUUUCAAAAUUAUAAAACUCCCAAAAAAUGAUAAAAAUUCAGAUUGAGUAGAUGACAAUAUUCUUGAAGCACCUUAUAUAACUCAGUCUUUGGAUGCGUAAAAAAAACGGUAGGACAUAUCAUCAAACCAAAAGGAAAGGUAAUGAAAUUACCCCUGCUUUAAACUCUAUAAACAACUAUAUCCCGUGUGAAUUUUCUAUCUCGAUAAGUUCUAUUAUUUAUGCAUUUCAGAAUCCAGCUCAUAAAUCUUUCAACUAAGUACGACGAAAGCUCAGGUGGCUUUCCAAGGAGCCAAUUUUAAUUUUUCAUACUGUUCAAUGUUCCCUUCAAACUUAUAACUCAAACUCCGGAAAUACUCAACAGGCUUUGGUGAAUACUUAAUUCGAAAGAUAAUAUUUCGCAACCCUUCUCAUUCCUUCAUCCACCUCUAACAAAUAGAUUUAUUUGUUGAUUUAGUGUCGGAUAAUAAUAUUAUGCUUGUAACUAACAUGAUGAAAUAGAAGACAGAGAUAAUAAGGCUGCUCUUUAAUUUCACUGCAUUAUCUAUGGAUCUGCAAAGAAGAUAAAAUUGAAGUUGGAGCAAAUUAACAGUGGCAUAUUUUCUCUAGAGAUCAGUGUUAGAGUUUUAACCCAUAAUAAGCAUCGAUCUUGAAUUUAAGCACGAAUUUGUCAGACGUCAAAGCUCUAUAGAGCACGAGCGCAAAUAUGUAUUGAGAAUCAUUUACAGCUAGCAAGGAAAGAAACAAAUUCAUCCUGAUUGUGAAAUCGGAAACGCAAAAAUUUGUACCAUAUAUUCGUCAUCUGAUAUACAAAAUUGAAAUUACCAAAAUUUCGAAAAUUAAAUAUGGUGUUAACUUUUGCAUUGUGAAUCAAUUGACACCAUGCCGAAUAGAAACAUUCCUAGAAUGAUUUUCAAGACUAUUUCUAAGUUAAUAAAUAUAUUUCCUGUUGAAAUUGGGUAUUUAUGGAAUCGAAUAUUACCUAAUUCUUUAACAGAUUAAAAUGAAUGUGUAGAAGUAGAUAUAAAUGUUGAUUGAUAAAAAUUUGUUCUUGAUUUAUGGAUAUAUUUUUAUAAGCAGUAUCAGAGUUCAGUGAUUGGUGAAUAACGAACAGGUUUAAAUGAUAAGAAAAAAGAGAAAAACUUUUUAGCAGGUCGUGUUCGAAAGAAUUUACUGAUCAGAUUCUGUAAGAAACUUAUAGAGAUAAAACAUAAAUGUAAUUAAAUGUUUAAUUGUUGCUUUGUAACACUGUCCCUGAUCCUGAUGCAGAUUGUUAUCUCAUCUUCACAUAUGUUCAAAAUUCCUGUAAUGAAUGUUGAAAAUUUUCAAUAUUGUACUCAAGAAAUGAACAUCGAUUUUAUCGAAAUUUAAAGGAUCUCUUCUUGAUGUUCUAAUAAGAAUCAUAUACUUACAAUUUACUUACUGUAAACCAUAUUCAAGAAUAUGAUGAAUGUAUUGUUUGAUCAAAAAAAAAAAUAAAUGUAAUGUGUACAUACUUUAGAUAGAUUCAACAUACUUAACAUAUACCUAUGGUUAGAAAGUAUUAUGUGUAAAUAUUAGCAAUAAAAUUUAGACUCUAUUAUUGAGCUUGAAAGCCGUGAAGUACAGCUUUUUAGAUUUUUUGUUUUGUAAUUAACUUGUAAUAAAUGACCAAAUAAACAUUUAU